AACCGAUUCAAAGUGCACAGGAGUCUAGGGAAGCCCCGGUCUCCAAUCCUCCCCAGAUACGGUCAGGCUGUUUGGCAGCAGCCCGGGAGAGACAUGCUGUUUUGUUUAAAUCCUCCACAUUCUUUGCCAUUUCCCUAUUGGCCGGAUGGGGCUCCCCGCCACGGCCGCUGCUGAUGUCAGCCCUGCCGGCGCUGGCUCCUCCCGCACCCACCUCCCCGGCCCGAGGCACACUGCAGCUCGGCGCGGACUCUCCGGCCCCCGCGAGGUGGCUGCAAACUCGCGGGCACGCACGGCGCUGGGGGAGCCGAGGGAUUCGGGGGAGGGGACGCGCGCGGAAGGCGCCAGCCAGCUCUCGCACGCCCCUCGCAGUGCGAGUGGAGGCUGGAGGAACCCGGGCCCCAGCGCAGCAGAGCCGGUGGCGGUGGCGGCUUCCCUUUUCUACCCCCACGAGCUCCGGAGCGUCUCAGGGACCGGCCCUAAAAAGAGCAGGAAAUCUUGUUUACCGCCCGGGGAGAGGAGCCCUCUGAGCCUUUGUCUGGAAAGUCAGCAUCUCCGGCUGCAAUGUGUUCCUGGUGAAUUAGCUCUGGGCGGACCGGCUGGAGAAGGGGGGUCGUCAGGUUCGUGUUUGGUUUCAGAGGCAGAUCGAGCGGGUGACUUUUGUGCAUUCGUUUUAAUUUUUGGAAAUCUCUUUUUUCCUCCCUCGCCCGCCACCGGGCAUGUCCUGAUCUGACGGCCGCUCCUACCGCCCGCGGCUGCGGAUCAGAGAGGUUUCCAGCGGGGCUCCCUCCCUCCCUGACUUUGCAACACCGCGUUCCAGGAGGACCGACCUCGGCGAGGAAGGAGGCGGGGGAGCCGCGAACACCCGGACCCAAACCUUGACAUGGUCUCGGCCCGGGAGGAGGAAGCCAGAAGCUGAGCGCAACCGCCAGAGCUUAUUCUCCCGCCGGCUCCGAGAGUGGGGCUCCGGGCUCCCUGCCCUGCGCCUGGGCGGCAGCUUUGUUGUUCUGGGGGGCGUCCCCCGCUUUCCGCCCCGAGGGCCCGCGGCCGGCAGGACCAUGUUGCUGAAGGAGUACCGGAUCUGCAUGCCGCUCACCGUGGAAGAGUACAAAAUCGGACAGCUGUACAUGAUCAGCAAGCACAGCCACGAGCAGAGCGACCGAGGGGAAGGUGUGGAGGUUGUCCAGAAUGAGCCCUUCGAGGACCCGCACCACGGCAAUGGGCAGUUCACCGAGAAGCGUGUGUAUCUCAACAGCAAACUGCCUAGCUGGGCCAGAGCUGUUGUUCCCAAAAUAUUUUAUGUUACAGAGAAGGCUUGGAACUAUUAUCCCUACACAAUUACAGAAUACACAUGUUCCUUUCUGCCGAAAUUCUCCAUUCAUAUAGAAACCAAGUAUGAGGACAACAAAGGAAGCAACGACAGAAUUUUUGACAAUGAAGCCAAAGACCUGGAGAGAGAAGUUUGCUUUAUUGACAUCGCCUGUGAUGAAAUUCCAGAACGUUACUACAAAGAAUCUGAGGAUCCUAAACACUUCAAGUCAGAGAAGACAGGACGGGGACAUUUAAGGGAAGGCUGGAGAGACAGUCAUCAGCCUAUCAUGUGCUCCUACAAGCUGGUGACCGUAAAGUUUGAGGUCUGGGGGCUUCAGACCAGAGUGGAACAGUUUGUACACAAGGUUGUCCGAGAUAUUCUGCUGAUUGGACAUAGACAGGCCUUUGCAUGGGUUGAUGAGUGGUAUGACAUGACAAUGGAUGAAGUCCGAGAAUUUGAACGCGCCACUCAGGAAGCCACCAACAAGAAAAUUGGCGUUUUCCCACCUGCAAUUUCUAUCUCGAGCAUUCCCCUGCUGCCUUCCUCCGUCCGCAGCGCCCCUUCCAGCGCUCCAUCCACUCCUCUGUCCACAGACGCGCCCGAGUUUCUGUCCGUUCCCAAAGAUCGACCCCGGAAAAAGUCUGCCCCAGAAACUCUCACGCUUCCAGACCCCGAAAAAAAAGCCACCCUGAAUUUACCUGGCGCGCCCUCUUCGGAUAAGCCAUGCCAGCCCAAAUCAGAGUAACUCCACCUGAAUAUUUCAUGGGGUUUUAUAUUUUUGUUUCCAGGGUUGGUGGUUUUGGUUUUUGUUCUUUGGGUUUUUUUGUUUGUUUGUGUUUGUUUUUUAAAGACUCUUCUAUAGCAAAAGACUGCUUUGUCACUCAAACAUGUUCCUUUAAUCUCUAAGUGUGCAUGUGGUUAAGUAAUUUCACAUAUAACAUGAAUCCCUCAAUAUGCCACACAGCAUCAUGUUAGAUGCAAAAUGUAAGACAUGCAAAGGACAAAAGGCAUCUUCUGUAGCCACAGCUGCAGCCAGAGAGGAAGCCUUGUUAUUGGGCACCUGACGAGGUCGGUGUGGACUUUAAGGGUAAAUAAAUGACAACUUCACACCACUGUGUUACAAGGUGUGGUAAAAUAGUAAGUCAGUUUCCUCCCAUCAAACCUGAAAUUCUCAAAAAUACUCUCAGGCAUAACAUACCUAAUUGUUAAAUUUUGAACUGCUCAUCACCAAUACUUGAAUACGACUAGUUACUAAGAUUACUACUUUGGUUAGUCUGACUCAGGAUUUGGGGCCUAAUUAACACUUAAAAUUUUUUGAAAAUUUAUCAACCCACAGAGGCUCCAAGUGCAAUUAAUGAUGACUUAUUUAUACCUUUCACAGAAUUUAAUAAAUAUUCCACUUCUGUCUUUUAAUAACUUUCCCCUUUGUGCCCUCGUGGCCUCAGAAAUCUUAAGAAUUGCGUGGGUGAAUGUAACCUUCACUGGCAGGUUUUGGAAGGGUUGAGUUAGGAACCAGGAGGCCUGGGUAAGAUGAACAUCUUCCUCUACAUGUACCAACAAACCUUAACCUGUCAGCUUCCAUCACCCAUGAAGAUUCUCAGAAUUUGCAAUUAGAAUUCAUUGACUACUGGCCCAUUCAAAGAAGUUCAAGGGUAGAUAGAGUAAGCUAACAGGACUUGAAUUCUGUCAGAAUGUCUGGUCCGGGGAAACCCUAAAAAUGAGAAUUGUCUCUCAUCUUCUUCCUGAUUUUACUUUUAAUAACAUCCAGACUUUCUGGAACCCACAGCCCAUCACCAGACCUUAGAAAAGACUGUCAUUCUCUCGCUCCUUACGUGAAACCAGAGUAUUGGGAAUGUCACAGAAGUUGAGUAAAUACUGUCAAGUGGGAGAAGAGAGUGAACAGAACUGUCCAGUCUUUAUUUGUAGAGUAAAAAGAAGGAGAGACUGAAGAUGCCCCUCUGUCUGGCUUUCUUUUCAGCAAGUGUCACUAAGGCAAGAUUAGAUUCAAGGUUGACUGGGAGGCGAGAUCACUCACCAAAGUGGCAGAAAGAGAACUCUCCUUUGAUCUUAAGAGGGAAAACCUGCCACCUUCGCACCUCACUGCCUUUAAACACAGAAGGAAGGGCAAGCAGAAUCUAGCAUUGAUUGGUGUCCUCCACGAGAGGAAGACAGCAAGGUAGUUGGGCAACUGCAAGCCCCCAGCUAGCCUUCCUUACCGUAACCUCCAACCUCAGGAAAGGGACCUUCCCAAAACAGAUUCCAAAGGAAACCCACAGAUUGAGGAGCGUAUUCUCCUCUGUCCCAGCCUCUCAGCCCGUGGACCCUGCCCACUCCUCUACGUGUCUUUCAAGUGGACAAACUCCCAAGGUGCAGAUGCUGGCCCCAUGAGCCCAGCACCAAAUGAGUGUAAUUUCUACAUCAGACUGUCAAGCUCAUUUCUUUAUCUACAGGUUGAUAUUUAGCUCAAAAAAUAAAUAAAUAAAUAAAUAAGCCCAGAACUCAAAGGAAACCAGUUGCAAAUAGUUUAGAUCAACAGUGCAUCUCUUCGUUAAGAAGAUAGCAUUGUAGUAAGACACCCUUGCAUGGUAUAGUAGCAUGAUUUUUGCUUGUGGGAAAACAAUCUUUUACAAACCCCUUGGACUUCUCAAUGACUCCCUCUCCACAGUACUUAACAAGAAUGUUUGGCUUUAGGAAGCAAAAUUCUGUUUUCAUCAGGUGGUAGUAGUGUAUGUGUAUUUGCUUACCAUUUAUUCGCAAGCUGAAGUCAGGAGCGGAUGGGAUCAUUUUCUAAUAGAACCAGUUUUUGUGCAAGUUGUUAACACAUCUGACACCUAGAGAUUCCAUGAAUGCCAUUGCUCUUUGUAAAGCUGCUUCCGCUCUCAAGGUCAACAGUUCUCUGUGCUUUAGAAAGCUAAUUUCUGAUUUCCUUCUGUGAGUUUUCUUUCUCUCACGGCCUGCACAAUGCCACAGGUAACAAUUACAAACUGCCGACGAUAAGUCUGAUUUUUAGCUAUCAAAUGUGUGUGCUCUUAAAAUAUGUUCAGUUUUCUGUCUCCAUGUGGUUUGUGUGCAUUUAAUAAAGGGGGGUGUGUAUAUUCCUUUAGCCGCUUCGAAUAUUUAAUCCACUCAUCACUGGCAUAAAUGAUUUAUAUUUUAAUCUAUCUUGAUUUUCAAGGGUCAUUUGACAUUUUCUCCGUACAUGCUUUUGUUUAUUGUGGGGUACUAGCCUGCAAUGAAUGUGUAUAUAGAACGUUAAUAAUUCCUAUAAGAAUGGAAAUUAAAUGGCAGCAUGAUGGAAACUUAGAAGAAGAAAAAAAGCAGAAACUUGAAUUCGUUAAGCAUGUUUGCGGGAAAAUAGAAUCUUUAACUCAGUGCCUCUGUCUGCAAUGUGGAAACCUUCAACUUUGUUCACCAAAACUGUAUUAUACCUGUGUGUAUAUAUAUAUACAUAUAUAAAUAUAGUGUAGUGAGUCAGACACCACCACUUUCAAGUCUUGGUAGCUGAAUCAGAGUAAAUAACCCACAGAAGAACACGUGUGCACACCAUCUCCACCUCUGAUGCUUGUGCAGGCUAUGGUGGUGUCUGCAGACAGCAUCACUUUGGGUGGAUUUCAGAGAGGAAACGCACUGUGCUUCCGCUGGCUGUGGUACAGCGUGGUAGCUCUGACUGCUUUUCCCCGAUAGGAAGGUCUCGGUGUUCCUACCGCAUAACUUUGUCAAGAGUUAGCUCUGAAGACCCCUUCAUUAUUUUUGCUUUUGGCCUGUCAUAAAGCAGAGCAAAGGAGGCCACGACAAGGUUCAGUUGCCACCGUGAGAGCAGACCCAAUGCGUGCCCAUGGGCGGGCUCACUUAUAAACUCUUCUGUUACGGUUUUGCCUCUGUGUGGGAGGAAUGGCUUUGAUACAGUUGGAGGUACUUGUUAGCCAUGUUUUUGGUUGUGAGUAUACAUUUCUAAGCACAGUCGUGGUUGUGUAAUGCAGGCACUUAAACCCAAGACCCCAAAAGUAAUUGUGGUUUUCUGUCAAGGCACUGUAGUGAACAGUGACCUAAGAGUAGAUUCUGACACUUCUCGAGAAAUCAUUUUUCUGUGAAAAUUUCAAGGCUUAAUGUGUUUAUGUGUGUUUUUAAAUUCUUUCUUUAAUAUCUCUUCACAGCUCAGAGACAACAAGGUCAUUGGCUGGUUUUGGUCAAUAGGAAUUUUACUUUUUCAGAAGGGCCAGAGUAUGGUUUUUACAUGUUGUAUGCAUUCAGAUAAUUCAAUAAACAAGAAUUGUCUAGUUUUAGUCCCUUUCUGAUCAUCUGACUCAGCAGGCUAGGUGGCAAUCUGCCAUCUGAGAUUUUUUUUUUUUUCCUAAUCUGUCCAGUGACUGUAAUGGGUCAUGGGUAGACUACCUAAAACAACCGUCUUGUCAGAACUGAAAUGUUACACGAUUGAUUGCACAGCAUUGGCAUGCCGAGGCAACACCAGGUUCUUCUGUGUUUUACCUUCAAAACAAUCUGUUUGCAUUUGAAAUGUAAAUGUUUAAGCUUCUUAGGAGUUAGUGCAAUAAGAGAAUGUGAAUAUGUUGAGAACUUUGCAGAUGUCAUUAACUGUAAUUUUGUUGUUAAUAAAUGCUUUAGGAUGUUUUUGCUUAAAAUUGAAAGUAUGUCUUGAAUUGCAAGUCCGCCUUCAGUUUCUACGUAUCACCAAGCAGAGAUUCUUUGAGUUGGCGUUAUACCUAUGCCCCUUCUGCGUAGCUGCAAGUGUAAUUUUUAGUGUUUACAUUUCAAGCUGGGAUCUCGAUUAGGUCAGUGGGUCGAUACACCACUGCCGCUGCCGAAGGACCAAGCUUUGGAAUGCACAGUGUUACAGACUCCAAGCAAAGCAAACAAACAGUGACCUUCACACACGCCAUCCUUCUGUGUCAUUUUAUGGCUGUUUUGUGGGGGGGUUUUCCCAGUUAUUUAUUAUUGUUAAUAACUUACUUUUUCUUACAUUCUGUUGUAAAUAAAGUGCAAAGCAAUCUUCUUUCCAA